GACCAAGGUGCAGAGCGCGCGAAAGAGCAGGAACAGCGUCCUCAGAAGCCAUGCCUCCCAUCAACACCUUGCCGAGCGGCGACGCCUUCCUCCCCUCGCUCGAGCUCGCCGCUGGCCUUUCAUGGGUCGGCGCCGUCUAUAUCGUCGGCCUCUUCUUGAUUGCGCACUCAAUCCGCGCCGGCGACAAGGCGUCACACGCGCUCUGCUGGGUAUACGCGGCCGCAAUGUGCUUUGAGGGCUUCAGCUUCAUCAUCAUGACCCAUCGCGAGCACGACGCCAUGGCAGGGACGCUCUCUCGCGACCAGUACCUCUUCCGGACGGCACUGUGGGCUCUGUCGCAGAGCGUCUCUGGUGGGUUUGGCUGGGCGUGGGUCCUCCUCCUCUUCAUGAGCGCGACACACCACCGCACGAUUCUUGCCUUCGGCAUCACCUCGGGUGUGCUCCUCGGCCUCGUCUGCGCCACCCUCACCAUGACCGGCGGCAGCACGCAGCUGGAGGUCGUAAAGUGGGCCUGGCUCUGCUUCUUCGAGAGCAUGCAGCUCCUCAGCCUCUUCGCCGCGGCGCGCCUCUUCCUCGCGCGGCAGGUGGCGCGAUCGGCUUCGGGCCUCCUCCUAGCCGCUCAGUCUGGCAUGCUCGCGCUGCACUUUUGGCAAAUCUACUUCUCCACCUUUGACCACGAGGCGCGGCGCUCGUGGUCUAACCCGCUCAAGCUCUUCCUCAACAUCCCGAUCGUCCUCGUGCUCGGCAUCGCGAUCGCGCGCGUUGCGGACGAUCCGGCGUACGCGGCCGCGGCCGAGAAGGCGGCCGAGACGUCGCGCCGCGCGAUCACCCGCCUCUCGCGCAACUUCGCCUCUCCCGAGUAUUACUGGGGCCUCACGCUCGUGGUUCUGGCGGCGGGCUACGGCUCCUCGGCUCUCUGCCUCCGCUUCUUCGCCGGCUUCGACCGCAACCGCGAUCCGAUCCUGCACAUGUACUCCACGUACCACCCUUGCAUCCUCCUCGACUACCUCCCCGGCACCCUCUUUGCCCAGCCCCUCUUCGACCUCUCCGUCCUGCUCUACCAGGUCGUCGCCGUGCUCGCGCUCGUGCGCACGGUCUGCAUCGGCGGCCUCGGCGGCAUGCUCCACCAGGCCCUGACCUCGGUGCUCCUCAUCGUCGCCACCACCAUCUUCGAGCUCGUCUUCACCUUCAACCCCUCCAAGACGUCGCCGCUCGCUCACUCCCUCCCCUUCAUCGGCAACCAGUCGAGCAUCGCCUUCUUCCUGCUCUCGCAGAUGGCGCACGUCUACUUUGCCACCGACCCCGCCAUCCCCAAGGAGAAGAGAAUGCGCUUCGUCGCGUACGCGCUGAUCUUCGCCGUGCUCGAGCUCGGCGGCAUGGCCUGGAUGGCCGUGAACCUCCUCACCAACCUCGGGUACGGCGAGAAUUACGGGACGGGGAUGGCGAUCGACCCGAACGCGCCGGUCGACAACUCGCACAUCCACUUCAAGGCGCUGCCCUUCAUCCUCGCCGUGCUGCAGAUCUUCAACCAAUGGAUCUACGCCAUCACCUCGCCGCUCAAGUUCCGCCCGCUCGUCUUCGACAUCCUCGCGUCGGACGUCGCCGCGCCGGCGCGCCUCACCGCCAGCGGCGGUCGCUUCACGAUGAGCGACUCGCUCGAGGCGGGCCGCGGUGCGGCCAAGCUCAGCACGUGGGUCGAAGCAGGCGCCAGGGGCAUGCCGCGUGUCACCAUCAGCGCGCGCUUCUUCCUGAGCCUCUCAGCGGCCGCCAUGCUCACGACGGCGACGCUGACGUACUUCACCACCGUCGCGGUGCUCGGCCACGAGGAGACGGAGGGCUGGGGCACGCGCGACUUCAUGCGGCGACGGCCCGGCUCGGUGAUCGCCGCGGUCGGGUGGGUGGUAUGCGCCGCGCUCCUCGGCUGCCACGUCGCCACCGUCUGCGUGUACGAGCACAUGAAGAGCGAGCAGCCCGUGCUCCUCGUCAAGCUGGCCGGCACCGCCCUCGUGGCGACGUCGCUGCUCGCGCACGCGGGCACCAUCCCGGGCGUGCGCGAGGAUUACUCGUGGUUCCUCGGGCUGGAGUCCUUCCAGGUCUGCCUCAUCCUUUGGAUCGGGAUGAACCUGCUGCUCAAUCGCUCGCUCGCCGCCGCGUCCAACGCGCCGUCGGCCGCGGCUCUCCGCCUCGACCUCGCCAUGGGCGCCGGGGCCAUCGCCGCACUCGCCGGGUCGAUCGCGCUCGGCAUCUACUCGGCGCCGUGCACCCUCCUCAUCGACGGCGCCUGGAUCCUGCUGUUGAUCGCCUUCUCCUUCACCGACCCGCGCCGCGCCCAGAUCCACCUCGACUCCCUCCACGUCGCGACCGACACCGAGGUUGUCGCGGUGAUGGACGACCCCUUCCCGGGCGUGCCCUUCUUCAUGAUGGACUUGCACGGCAUCAAGGCGAACCUUCGCGCCGGCGCAGCCGCCGCAGCCGCCACCGCCGAGAUGAAGACGGCGGCGAGCGCGGAGAUCGUCGUCAGCCCCAAGUAGGUAGGUGCGUCAAAUGCAUGAGUUUCAGCAGCAUGGACAGUGGAGAGCUAACGGGGCGAGUCCGGGUGUACUGUUCAUGGGGAUCGUGCAUGCGUGGAGAUGAGAGGUGUAGAGUGCGCUCCAACGGGAAGGAGGGGCUCUGUCUGUGACUGCGAGAUCAUCAUGUUCAAGAGGAGAGAGAGAGUCAUGUUCAAUGCUAGAUAGAGCCUACAUCAUUGGUUAAGUUGAGUGCC